GGCUGUGGUCACUAGUGGAAACUGAGAAAUGUUGAACCAAAUAGAAAAUUAAGAAUAAUGACCGGAAAUCGUUCAUCAUCAGUAGCAAGGGCAGCAGCAGAAAACGCUUCUUGAUGCUAAAAUUGUGUAUUUUCAUGCAAUUGCUGUCUCUUCACGAAGAACACAAUGCUUUUAAAAAUUCUGAAGAGUAGCUUUCUUAAUCUGAUGGGUUGGAUAAUGCACUUUUUCAAAAGUUUAGAAGUUUGUUACAGGUUGAGGAGGCGUUGUGUAAAAGUUGUUUCUCGUCUGAUCUAAUUCAUUCAGCCAAUCAUUACUCAGAAGUACCGACGUUAAAGUAUCCGUGUUUAAUUGAACCUUUUUUUAUGCGUGGAAUUGUUAUCCUCGUCAGACACUUUCUAAAUGAUAUCUAAUACACUGCCUUCAUAUUAAAUUACACGCUACCUGGAAAUCUAGACUGCAAAAUGAAGGUUCGUGAUUGUGAUUUUCUUAUAUGAGUAAAGGUAUUUUCAAUAUGUAGCCGAAUACAAGUAGAUAGUACACAGGGUGGUGUCUAAAAUGUAGGAAUAGUGUUUGUCCAAACUGCCGCGAUGAAUUUGAAAGGUGAAACGUGCCCUCAUGCAGUACUAACCCCAAAUGACAUUUUCAGUCAGCUCCUCUCACUUCCAUUUGUGCCUACUAGUGGGCUAAUGUCUUUAUUUGAUCUCUUGCAUGUAGUUUGAUCAAACCACUAAAACAUAUUUGGGUUGAUAAAUGCUUAACAUGUAUAUCAUUUUGUAAACCCAUGUCACUACAUUUUGGAGAGCAAGACCAACAUGCUAUUGCCAUGUGAAAUGACUUAAAUGUAAAUGAAACAGGAUGCUGUUUUAUCUGUGACUAGUGGUUGGUGGUGACAGCAGCAGGAGGGGUGUUUGUAACUGUUGGACUGUACAAAGCUCUACAUGUAGGCUAUACUUGGACAACGUUAAGGAGGAAGGUACCUUCAGGACAGUGUUUGGAGGUCCCAUAGGUAGGCUUACCAUAGGUGAUUCUGUGAUGAGCCGUCGCAAGGUGUCUUUGAAGGAGCUGGGUCAGGUGGACUACCAGGGCUGGCUCUACAAGAAGAAGGAGAGCAAGGGCUUCCUGGGAACAAAAUGGAAGAAGUACUGGUUUGUUCUGAAAAAUAUAUCCAUGUACUGGUACACUGGUCAAACGGCUGAGAAAGCAGAAGGAUACAUCCAACUUACAAACUCCACUGUCGACCAAGCAACAGAGUGCAAGAAAAAGCAUGCUAUGAAGGCCAGCCAUCCACAGGUUGUGACACUCUACUUUGCCGCCGAGAGUCUGAGAGAGAUGAACAAGUGGCUGUCUAAACUGUCAGCAGCAGCAGCGGCUGCGACACUGGACGAGUCGUCAGAGAGGAACACUGGGGAGUGCUAUAGUGAGGAGAGUGACCAAGAGGAGGUUGAGUCACUGGAGACAUCUGACGCUUUCGACUCUGAGCAGCUGACCAUAGACUCUGUUAAUGGAGAUGUCCCCCCAUCUUGCUCCACCUCGUCCCUAUGUCACUCCACUGACCCCAUGUCUGCCCCUGACACCAUUGUGACUUCAGAGGGCACGGAGUCCUGGCUGGAUGUCCCUUCUCCAGAGAGGGCAGUGGGACAGGGCGCUCCCCUCCACCCCUUCAGACUGGAAGAGGAGGAUGGACCGGGGGCUGAGGCCCAGGGAGGAAAGGAGGAGGGUACAUCUGAUGAAAUGGAGGCACUGUACAUCCAUCUGAAGCAUGCCAGACUAUCUCCAUCUGGAGAACUGAAGAGGGACUUCAGAGCGUCAUUCAUUCAACGCUGCAAAAAUGACAGAGUCAAUGAGAAGCUGCAUCUGGUUAGGACCCUCAACAGCACUUUAAAGGCAAAAGAAGCCGACCUGUUGGCUAUAGAUCACGUGCUAGCAGAUCCCCUUCUUACUGCACAGAGGUAUCGUCAAUGGAGGGUUGGGAACGUGGUGCUACUGCAGGAGAUCACUCAACUCAAAAUGGGCCCACCAGGUGGCAGCAGAGAGCAGUCUUUCCCCCUCGAAGCUCCACGGACCCACUGCAUCACUGAAAACAGUGUGUGACCAACACAGAACAAUGACAGGCAUAGAGGCAUCGGAUAUGAUUCUCCACGGCCCCUAUUUAUAAAGCGGCUCAGUUUAGGAGUGUUGAUCUAAGAUCAGCCCCCACCCCUUAAGGCGAAACUGAUUUUAGAUCAGCACUACUCUGAAAUACUUUAUGAGUAGGAGCCUAGGCAUGCCCAUAAACAAAAAAACAACAGCAUUGUAUUCCUUAUUUUAUCGAGAAUAUUCCUGAAGAAGUGCCGUGGAUAUUCCUAUGCUUUCUUGUAUGAAUGGUUAUCCAUGUUUCUUAGUCUUUUAAACACAUUUUCUUUUAUGACAUGUGCAGUAUAGUGCCACUUAGGGAUUUUGGGAUAAGAUGCUCCCUCUUUUAAAGGGAAACGUAAUUAUAAUGGCACAUUUUGCAUUCCUUUAGAAAUGUACUGGGUGGAUUGGGUGGUAAUACUAUUUUUCUAGUCACCAUUGUUUGUAACACUGAUAUUAUGGAAGUUUGUUCUAGGUACACACCUUGUUCAAUUAGUUUCACGUCACUGAGUCUGGCCUAAGUAGAGUUUGUCUAAAUAACUUCUAUCAUAAGUAAAUCAGCAUUGACUAAAUUAUGUUUUUAUUUGUUUUUAAUAUUUUAUCAUUCAAACAUUGUAAAUAUUUUGUACAUUGUGUAUGGUUUUGUGGAACGAACUUGUACUGUUUACAUGUUGUAUGAAGUUAACAAGCAUAUGCUAAACAAAUAAAGUCAGCUUUUCGCUAAGUCAAA